AUGAGACCCGUAGACGCCGGCGACGGAUACAUGGACUCGUUGCCUACUUGUUCGGCGGCACCAGCGGGCGGCGAGCGCAAGUCCUUGACCGUAUCGUUUUCGGUGCAAGUGCCUGGCCUAGCUGAAUCAAGCGUGGACUUCGGCCUCCUCGUCGAUGUUUCCGGCAGCUACGGGGACGAUAUCGCCAAUCUUAAGGUCUUGGCUGCGGAUCUGGUGGAAGCAUUGUCAACGGACAGUGCCGGGGUGGACGUCGACGAUAAUCGGCUGGCACUCGGCAGCUACUCUGACUUCCCCGAGGUGGGGUCCUCUACCGACUCUGCAUACACGGAGCUAAAACCGUUCGGAAACUGCGGCGAAGGGACGGAAGAGGAAGUUUCCGCGUGCUUCGAAGAAGAGCGCGCAAGCUUCCUCUCCGCCGUCAAUUCUCUCGAGUUAGGAAGUGGUGGAGAUGGACCGGAGAGCCAGACCGUUGCGCUCGUCAGCGCGGCCGAGGGAUGGGCCUGGCGCGACGCCGCCCUCAAGAUAUUGGUCAUCACGACCGACGCGAGCUUCCAUGUACCUGGCGACGGCAGUGCACUUGCGGACGAAUACUAUUCUCUCGACCAGGUUAUUUCGACCUGCUUGGCGAAGAACAUCAAGAUCCUUGCCCUCAAGGCUCCUGGGGCGGGCGACGACAUGGACACGGUUGCCCUCGGAACUGGUGGAGUCGUCGAGACGACUUCGAGCGACUCUUCGGACAUCGUCGAGAAGAUUCUGGAGGGGAUCGAGGCGGUGACGUAUAACAAGGUUGACAUCGAAUGGGCCUGCAGGGAUUCAGAUUUUGAACUGAACUCCUGGGGGCACACGCAAGUUCCCAGCGAAGGCCACGAGGACGUUGAAGGCGGCGUGGAGCUGGAGUUUUCGGUGACUGUGUCCGUGCCUGCCGGUGUCGCCGCCGGCAAACGAUGCGUUGCUCUUGUGGUGGCUGAUGAGGUGCUCAUCGGUGGGCAGGAGUUUAUUGCCAAUGCGGACGGAACCAUCACCGCCGCUGCCAUCACCGCUUCCUAG